CGGCUAAAGCGACGUGUCCUUGUCCCUCGUGGGCAGCCUCGGCGCGUGCGGCCGCGGAUCCCCUGGUAAGGUGGGAGUCGUGAGUCCGGCUGCCUCCCUCCCGGGACAACCAGUCCAGAGCCAUGAAGACUAAGAGCCGGCCCCCACGUCGCCGAGCCCCGCCGCAGGACGCGGAGGCCGCCCCAGGGGAGCGCACUCCGGACAGGUCCUCGCCUGACACGGGCCCUGAUCCCUCUAAGGGAGUGCGGAGCCGGGUGGCGCGAGCGACUGGGGCGCGGACUGAGGGCGGGCGCAGGCGGCCAGGGCCAGGGCCAGGGCCGGGUGGCCGGCGGGACAGCAGUGUGCAGCGGCGACUGGAGAGCAAUGAGCGCGAGCGGCAGCGCAUGCACAAGCUCAACAACGCCUUUCAGGCGCUGCGCGAGGUCAUCCCGCAUGUGCGCACGGACAAGAAACUUUCCAAGAUCGAAACGCUAACUCUGGCCAAGAACUACAUCAAGUCUCUGACGGCCACCAUCCUGACCAUGUCCAGUGGCCGCCUGCCAGGCCUGGAGGGGCAGGGCCCCAAGCUCUACCAGCACCUCCAGCAGCAGCAGCAGCAGCAGGUGGGGGCCACGCUGGGCACCCCUGAGGCCCAACCGCAGGGCCACCUGCAGCGGUACUCCACGCAGAUCCACAGCUUCCGAGAGGGCACCUAGGCCUGGCCCUGGGGGUGGUGGCAGUGGCAGCCAGCCUCCUCAUCC